CACAUACACACAGAGUUUGUAGUUUGCCCUGGUUAGUCAGGGACACAGCAGAGUUGGAAUACUGGACUAAACUUUGCUGCUGGAAUACAGUCAAAGCAACAAGCCAAACACAGGAGUCCGCUACAAAAGGAAUCCCUACCGAAGGAAGGAUGAUGAUUUCAACUCUCCCUAAAGUACUCUGAAAGGCUUGCUUGGCUGCUCUCUUUACCGAACGCUUGCAGUUGCAUUGGGAGAAAUCACUCAACCACCCUUUGAAUCAAAAGUAAAAUGGAGGAGGGAUAUGAACUUGACCUGACCUAUGUGACAGAACGCAUCAUUGCUGUGUCCUUCCCCCGGGCCUGCUCAGAGGAGACAUACCUACAUAACCUCAAAGAUGUCACACGCAUGCUUAAGUCAAAACACGCCGACAACUACCUGGUGAUCAACCUGUCGGAGAAGAGGCAGGACCUUACAAAGAUGAACCCUAAGACACUGGACACAGGCUGGCCUGACCUUCAUGCUCCUCCACUGGAUAAGAUCUGUACCAUCUGUAAGGCCAUGGAAAACUGGCUUCAGACCGACCCACUGCAUGUGGUUGUUAUCCACUGCCGAGGAGGGAAAGGCCGUAUUGGGGUCAUUAUCUCCUCCUUUGUGCAUUUCACAGACAUCUCUGCCAGCGCUGAUCAGGCACUGGAUCGCUUUGCCAUGAGAAAGUUCUAUGACGACAAGGUCUCUGCUUUGAUGACUCCCUCUCAGAAAAGAUACGUAUGGAUCUUGAACAGUCUCUUGAAUGGCUCGAUGAAGAUGAAUGCCUCUCCACUCUUCCUCCACUGUAUCAUCUUUCACGGCAUCCCAAACUUUGACAGCUCGGGAGUCUGUCGUCCGUAUCUGAAGGUGUACCAAGGAAUGCAACCUGUCUACUCUUCAGGAGUUUAUAACAUUGGACCAGGCCACAGAAACCGGAUCUGCAUAGUCCUACAGCCAGCCCAGCUCCUGAAAGGAGACAUCAUGAUAAAGUGCUACCAUAAGAACGGGCCGUCUCAGCGCGAGGUGAUCUUUAGAAUGCAGUUUCACACUGGUGCCGUGCAGGGAUACAACCUCAUGUUUGAGAAAGAGGACAUGGAGCAUGCUAAUAAAGAUCCCAGAUUUCCAGAUUAUGGAAAAGUGGAGCUGGCAUUCUCUGAGGGCCCAGAGAGGAUUCAAGGGUCGGAACGCUGGCAGAAUGGUCCUAACGUUACUAUUGACUACAACACAAAUGACCCUCUAACCCGCUGGGACUCCUACCAGAACAUUUACAAUGGAGAAGCUUCGCCCUCCCAGCGCCAGGGUCCAACCCUGGACAGCUCCUCCCCUAAGAGAAGCCCACCCAUCACCUCCAUCACGUCCAGCCCCGAGCAGAGUGACCACGCCCUGUCAGGGAGCAGCGACUCGGGGCUCUCCAGUGCCUCCCUCUGGACCGAGCGCAGCCGUCCAGUGCCAGGCACCAAGACCCCCGGGCCCAGCCAGGAGGAGAAGGCCCAGCUCCAGCGGCUGCUGAGCGGCUUCGGACUGGAGAUGGAGACGGCACUGGCUUCGGCCGGCCGGUGCGUGGCAAAUCCGACACAGGUUCAUGUUAACGGCAACACCCGGCCGAAAGAGCGGGAGACGGACAUCCUGGACGACGAAAUCCUCAUGAUGGGUCAUGACCUGCGGAGCGUGGACAGUUUGGGGACCCUCUCCUCGUCCUGUCACAAGAGCAGCCAGAACUCGCUGCUGUCAGAUGGUUUUGGGAGCCCUAGUGUGGCUGAGGAAUCCAUGUCGCACCCUCACCAUAGUUCUGCUGCCAUAGAGGAGUACGAGCGAGCAUAUGCUGACGGGCGGAGGGGCUGCUUUGUGCAGCAGAGGACUGUCCCCUCACCCUCCGGUGCAGGGCCCAGAGCACAGUCCUCAUUCCGACAGGGGAGCUACUCCACACACACCUGGGUCCGGCAGCAGCAGAUGGUGGCCGCCCAUCAGUAUGCCUACCUGCCUGCCGAAGGUGAAGCCCAGGAGAAUUACUCUCUGGACAAACAUGCUUGUCUGGCUACCGCCUCAAUGGGUCCCGGCAUUGGCAGGGAUGGCGGGGAAGUUUUGCGGACGGCGGACAUGUUGCCGAGCCUUGGCCAGCGACUCGAGAAGCAUCAUGAUGAGGAAUUCAACUCUCUCACAGUGGACAUUGACAACUCUAUCGACCAGUUAAACCAGCUCAUCAUGGACCUGGAUCCCACUUUUGUGCCCAUUCCCACUCGCACCAGUUCAGUCAAGAAAACUGGAGGCAUGCAUGCCAAUGGUCCGAUUGCAACCUGUGACAGUAGUGUAACACACAGGCCUCAGCAGCCAGCUGUGCCUCCCACAGACAGUUUACGCAGCGUGAGUCUGCAGCCGUCUGGAGAUGUGACGGACCACUUGGGUGUGUGUGCCAGCCCAGUGUGGGUGCUGAACGAGGAACUCUCUGACAGACCAACAUGCAGUCCCUCUGAGUCACAGCAUGUUGGUCUGUACAGAACAGACAGUGUUGAAUACAGGGCUCCGAGCUCUGAGCUGGACAGUGGAGUGGAGACAGGCAGUGAGAUGGUACCACCUACGCCCGCAUUUCCCAUAUCACCUCCCACACCUUACGUUAAGAGCCUGGAUGACUCCUUACAGUACCGACAAACUCCAUCUCCCAGCAUGCCUCUGUAUGCAUACAGGACAGAUCAGGAUAUUAUUCGUCAUACACCUUUGACCCCUGAUGACCCACAGAGGUCAUUCGGACACUCUCUCAGCAUUGGUGGGACACUGUCCAGGUCAGACAGUCCAGCCCAGUCUUCCUGGCAGGAGCCUGGUCAUCCCUCCGUCUCAUCCCAGCGCACCAGCACCGCAGACUACAGCCAGCACUCUCCUCCAUCCUCCCGUGGGCAGCCCCUCCCCCACCCGGCCCCCAAUGCCCACAGCUCUCCACGAGGCAGCCAGAGGACCAGAGUCACCCAGCACACGCUCACUCACAGCCCUGCCCAGGGAGGCCAAGAGCCAGACGGCAUGAACGCAGGGUUCUCCUCCCCCAUUCCUGCCAUGCUCCACCACUCAGAUGUGGGGGCACUCAGCCUCCACCAGCAGCAGCAGCACCUCCAGCCACCCCUGCCUGAGAAGAGGAGGGUGUCUGACGGGGAGAGUUCGCUGGGCUCUGCCUCCGUGCUGCACAGUGGCUUUUCCAGUCCUCACAGCGGCAGCUCUCUGAGUAUCCCUUUCCCCAGCUUACUGCCUGAGCUCCAGGGCAGGGCCAGCAGCCUUAGCUCUCCCUCCUCACUGCCAGAUGUGCUGACCAGUAGGCAGGUGACUGUCAAAUUUGUGCAGGACACAUCAAAAUACUGGUACAAGCCUGACAUAGCCAGAGACCAAGCUAUUGCUGUGCUGAAGGACAAAGAACCAGGCUCCUUUAUCAUACGAGACAGCCAUUCCUUCAAAGGAGCUUAUGGAUUGGCUAUGAAGGUGGCCACGCCUCCUCCCUCAGUCCUUCAGCAGAGCAAGAAGGGAGGGGACUUGUCCAAUGAGCUUGUCCGUCAUUUCCUAAUUGAAUGUUCACAGAAAGGAGUUCGACUGAAAGGAUGUCCAAAUGAGCCAUAUUUCGGCAGCCUGACAGCUCUGGUCUGCCAGCACUCCAUCACUCCACUGGCACUGCCAUGUAAACUAAUCAUCCCAGACAGAGACCCAUUGGAGGAUGUCACUGAGUCACCUUCUCAGACCAUCUCUAACUCUGCGGCAGAGCUGCUGAAGCAAGGGGCAGCCUGUAACGUGUGGUAUUUGGGUUCGGUGGAUAUGGAGUCCCUGACAGGCUCUCAGGCUGUACAGAAGGCCACCACUGACACACUGAACAUGGACCCUCCCCCCAUCUCCACGGUCGUCCACUUCAAAGUCUCCUCACAAGGGAUCACACUCACAGACAACCAAAGGAAGCUGUUUUUCAGAAGACAUUAUGCUGUGAACACAGUCAUAUUCUGUGCUUUAGAUCCUCAGGACAGACAAUGGAAAAGGGAUGGCUAUGCAGCAGCAAAGAUUUUUGGGUUUGUGGCACGGAAGACCGGCAGCGCUAUGGAUAACGUCUGUCACCUGUUCGCAGAGCAUGACCCAGAACAGCCUGCCAGCGCAAUCGUCAACUUCGUCUCCAAGGUGAUGAUCGGCUCGCAAAAGAACAGUUAAAUCCACCCAUGAACUUGAAUUUACUCUUCCGUGGUGGAGUAAAUAACUGGAGAUCUACUUCCCCAACGAUGGCAUCACAACAUCACAUGAACCAAUGGGAUUGUAGGUGUUGUCACCAUGACUACUUUAGAGGAUGUGAGUGAGAUAAGAAACGUGGAAAGAAGACCGAGUUCUGCAGUAUAAACAAAACUCAACAAAUCAAGAAAAAGAACCGAAAAAUGGACAUGUAACUAUUUAUGUACUGGUGUAUGACAUGGUGUAUUUAAUUGUUUGUUUGUAAUUUCAGAAUUGGACUGUUGCCUUCACAACACAUCUGGGUGGGGCUGUUUCUCUGUGUUUGAACAUUGAAAUUUUAAGCCAUUCAGAUAAUUUUGUCUGAGGAAGGGUGAAUUGCUAUCAGUAAAUAUACAGACUUCUGUGUUCGAUUAAGUUCUGUUCUUGAAAAUGACCAAAGAAGGCCCUUCCUGAUGACCCUUCCAUAUUGUUCUAAAGCCCCUUUAAACACAUCCACUGGUAAUUACUCUGUAAAUAUUAUAUAUUCAGAGUUAGGCUGAUUACCUCUCACCUUUGCAUUCUAAAAAUAAAGAAAAAAGAUCUAAUUAUUGUACUUCUGUAAGUUCGCUUUGUGCAAGUUAAAAAAGGAUCUCUGAUCUAUGCAAGCUGUAUUGUGUAAUUAUUGCUUUAAAUAUUAAAGUUGUUUGACCUGUUUUCAUUCCUAGAUGUACUGAUAUCAGCUAGCUCCCUAGGUUGGUUAUCUUUUACGCGACUACUAUUACAGUCAACCCAUUUUUAAUAUGUACAACCUUUUACUAUUUUUAAAAUGCAAUAGAAAGCAACAUAAGAGUAUUUUUGUAUUUAAACCCUAAUAUAUUCUACAUUUAGAUAUAAUUAUGUACCCAACAUGUAUGUAAUGAUUUCUGUUUAAUGGAAUUAUAUACCCUGCACACGUAUACAAGGACGUACGUUUAAUGAAAUAAAUUCACUAUGAUGCAACACAAAGUGCCUUUAGGCCACUCACAUCUCAAAUAGGUUUUCUUCAAUGAAAAGCUUUGUUAAAUGCUCAAGUGUUUGAAAAAUAUUUUUAUAUUUUUUAUCUUACUGAGGCGUAGGAAGAGAAAUCUAUGUAUGUUUCGUCAUAAACUGUUGUCUAAGUAGUUGUGUGAUGCAUAUUUGAGUUAUAUACUGAUACAAGUGGCGUUUUCAUUGUGUCAUAUAUGGUUUCGUGUCUGUUAUGGUGUGUGUCUCCCAGAUGAUAUGUAAAUAUGACCUCACUGGGGUUAAUUGACAGGUCAUUAACCAAUCAAAAGGUCCUGACUGGGCUGUCAGCAAUAACAAGGAUAAAGACAAAUUGAAACGAACUAGCUAGACUAGGAUCCAUGCUGUUCACUCUUUAGUUUUCCUCUGAAAAAUCAUAUUAAUGUAUUCUUUAUGGAGAGGGACCAAGACAAGAAUUUCGGUAAAAUCUGACUAUACUUAUGAUUAUAAUCGAAUAUCCAUUGAAUGUUUCCAAUGUAUGUAUUGUUGAUGGUAAUAAUGUGUACAUAAGUCACACUGUGUUGUGAAGCGUGUGAUGCUGACUGAGAGACCAUUGUUGACAAAUGUGUGAACUGUAUUGUCAGUGUUGGAGACGAUAUAAAUAAAGGGCAAACCUGUC